CGCGCGCGCGCGUGGACUCUCCUCGCUCACCGGCCCAUCCCCCAGUCCUGUCCGUGUCCGACCCCCGGGGGAAAAGGGGGAGAGGCAGGAGACUCCGUCUCAUCUAGCUCAAGGGCCCUGGCCCAGGGCCAUGGAGUCCUUGGCGGUGACCAAUGCAGCGUUGGAGCCGGGGGAAGGGGAGGUGACUUCUGGCCUGGAGGCUUUGGCUGUGGAAGACCCUGCUGGGGCCCCUGCCCGGACUGACCCAGCCCAGGAGGCAGAGGAGGAGGGAAGGGAAAGGGCCAGAGAAGAAGUCCAGGUGCAGGGGGAAGCAGAGGAGCCCGCCCUUGAGGAGGCACAGGUAGAACCGGCAGGUACAUCCGAGGAGGAAGAAGAAGACGACGAAGAAGAUGAAGGAAAAGAAGACUGGUGUGUGCCUUGCAGUGAUGACGAGCUAGAGUUACCCCAGGAUGGGGAGCCCUGGAUGCCACCCCCUGCUGAAAUUCGAAAACUCUAUGAGCUGCUGGCCACCCAUGGGACUCUGGAGCUCCAGGCUGAGGUUCUACCUCGAAGGCCUCCCACACCUGAGGUCCAGAGUGAAGAGGAGAAAUCAGAUGAAGAGCCAGAGGCAGAAGAGGAGGAAGAGGAAAAACCUCAUGUGCCCACAGAAUUUGACUUUGAUGAUGAGCCCAUGACGCCCAAGGAUUCUCUGAUUGACAGAAGACGUACCCCAGGGAGCUCGGCCCGGAGUCAGAAGCGCGAGGCCCGCCUCGACAAGGUUCUGUCCGACAUGAAGCGGCACAAGAAGCUGGAGGAGCAGAUCCUCAGGACUGGCCGAGAUCUCUUCAGCCUAGACUCGGACGACCCCUCGCCUUCGACCACUCCCGUCCGACCCACUGGAGGAGGGCUCUUCUUGAGGCAGCGGAAAUACUGAGGGGACGGGGGCACCCCUCUGCAGCCCCCAGGACGCGAGCGCGCCUGGCACGAGGCUGGCUGGAGAAGGAGCUAGCGACCGGAGCAGAGCUACGUGGUGGGGUGGACCGUGUUUCGGCGGUGGUUUUUGUAACUGAGUAGUUACAUUCUAAGGUUUUUUAUGCCAAUCUUUAGUAUCCAAAUAAAGACUGUGCAGCUAUCCCCUCACCACUCCCCUUUAUCCCCUGGCUGCGGAGGAGUGGUAGCUAACGGCGGAGAAACUCAGAAGUUCAGGCGGCUUUGCAAUUCCCUCCCCUUCCCCCCCCCCUGGGGGGGGGGGGGGGGGGACUUGGAAAAGUAAGGUCCCAGGAUUCCUUGAGAGUUGGGUCCAAGAGACUAUCAACCAAAACUUUGGCUCUUCCUCGCAGGCUCCCAAAAUUAUGGGUUUAGGAAGUGGAGCCCUUUCCAUCAGAGGGUCGGGAGUCUCCCGGUGGAGUCAGCUCCUUCUUCCGACCUAUGCUCCGUGGGCC